AUAAUAUAACACAAUCUAAUACACGUCUUCGGCAGUAAGUGAAGUUCAGCUUGGGAAUUCACAAACAUGCAUUUUUACCUAAUUUUGUGCUUCGCUAUAGCUGCAUACUCCGUUAAUUGUUUCCAACAGAAGAAGAGUCAGAUGAAUCCAUGAAAGAUAUAGGUAAAGCACUUGUCAACAUUGGCUUAGAUUACAUUAUUCGGUUAGAUGAAUGGCUUGAUAAAAAUAUUGGCAAACAGGAACUUAAAGCAAUGAAAGAACAUGUAAUUAAAUUCAGCCAACUUGCAAUAAACUUUAUUGAUACAACGUUUGAAAGUAUUUUGUCAGAGAAUGGUACUAAGAAAGAAAAACAACAGACAAAACAUUCUGAAUUGUAAAACUUUUGUUUUUCCAAUGCGUAUAAUGUACAUACAAUGUCUAUCUUGGUAAAAGGGAUUUCAAUUUUUGAAUAAACAAAAUAAACUAUUUAUACAAGGAA